GGUCCUUCGGUGCGGCGUCUCCGAGCAUCUCCCUCUGCGCGCGCGCGCUCACGCCAUCCUCGCUGCCCCCCUCCACCCACUCACACCACCCCCACGCGAGUCUCCCCCCCCCGCCCUUGCCCACCACCGCGUCCUCCUUCCCCUCCUCCUCUAGCCCCACCCUCGCCCCCCUCCCGCUGCUCCCAAUCACACUCCAGCCUGAUGCUGGAGCCGAGCGUCAUUCCAGCCUCGGCGGCGCUGCUGCAGACAUGGCGACAACGCUGACAAUGGUCCAGCCGCUCACUCUGGACAGAGAUGUUGCCAGAGCAAUUGAACUGCUGGAGAAACUACAAGAAUCUGGAGAGGUACCAGGACACAAGCUACAGUCACUUAAAAAAGUACUGCAGAGUGAGUUUUGUACAGCUAUCCGAGAGGUAUAUCAAUAUAUGCAUGAAACCAUAAACGUUAAUGGCUGCCCAGAAUUCCGUGCCAGGGCUACUGCAAAGGCAACAGUUGCUGCUUUUGCAGCAAGUGAAGGCCAUUCACACCCUAGAGUGGUAGAACUGCCAAAGACUGAUGAAGGCCUUGGCUUUAAUGUGAUGGGUGGAAAAGAACAAAAUUCACCUAUUUAUAUUUCUCGCAUAAUUCCUGGAGGAGUUGCCGAAAGGCAUGGAGGACUCAAACGGGGAGACCAGCUGCUUUCUGUUAAUGGAGUGAGCGUGGAAGGAGAACACCAUGAAAAAGCUGUGGAACUUCUGAAGGCUGCUAAGGACAGCGUCAAGCUGGUAGUACGCUAUACCCCCAAGGUGCUGGAUGAGAUGGAGGCUCGCUUUGAAAAACUGAGGACAGCACGACGCAGACAACAGCAACAACUGCUAAUUCAGCAGCAACAGCAGCAGCAAAAUGCACAGCAAAAUCACAUGUCAUAGAUGGUUCUUUUUUUAAAAAGAAAUCUGAAUCAACGAUUCAACAACUUAGCUGCAAAGCUGUGCUUCAUAUUCCAGCAUACAGUAAAGAAGCAGCAGCAAUGACAAAAACAACAACAGUGUUCACCAGCAAACUGAAUGAUUGCCAUAAGAAUUGUUUGGCAAGCCAACAAUAAACCCUUUCUGUGAGGCUUUUCAGUAUACUGAGAAUGAAAGGUUUUCUUUGACUCCUGUUGUAUGGUAAGGUUUUCAAAUUAAAAGUUUCAAAAAGAAAAAGAACACUCUGAAAUAAAGAGUAUCUAUGGCUUAUGAAUGAAUGUAUGUAUGGUUCACUCCUGUGCUCUUUACAGUGAUACUUCAGUGAGAAUUUGUGAAAUGGAUGCAAGAUAGGCCACUACCAAGAGUGAAGACUGUCAAAUGUUUGUUGCCCUGAUACAGCUUUAGUCACUCUUUUUUAAAGUAUUGUGUGUGACUUGGUGCAUCAGAAUGUAAGUGCAAACAUGCAUUAGAUUGUGCAUCCCAACUGAAAGCAGUGCAGUGGAUAAACUGCAUCCACAAGUGGACAGCGUACAGCUCUUUAUCCAGCAAGCAAAACAUGUGAUGAAGCCUGAUUUCAUGCACAGAUCUCUAGGGCUAGAUCUAGACUUGUGUGUAAGGUUAACUUCUUAAGAGAAUAUUGCAUCAAUUCAAAAUAUCGCCACUUAAAAGACCCUCAUACAUCAUAUAUAACAUCUUCACACCACAUUCUUGUAGAGUGGUUUUAAUCUGAAAUCCAGUUCGUAAUAAUUCUCCAGUUUGUUUCCUGAAAGUUAUUACAAUAUUUCUACUCGGGCAAGGCUGCAAUGUUUAGUCAAUUCAUUAAUGAGAUUUAAUUGAUCAAAAAUUUUCAAUCUGUUAAAAAGGUGGCCUUGAUUAAUCAGGCCUCAAUCUUUUAAAAAAUGUUAAUUAUUUUUAAUGAAAGUAUUUACAAGUUUAUGUAUAGCAGACAUCUUUAGAAUAGGCAUUUAUCUUCUUUCUCGGAAAAGAAUGUUUCUGAGAUGGUGCUGCUGGCCACGUGUGCAUUAUCUAAAAACAAAGCAAAUAUUUUUUUUCCCUUCAGAACUGAUGCUUUAGACAUAUAUGAAAUGGAUGCAGAGUUAAUUGGUUAAUUAAAUCAAAACUCAUACAAUGAAUUGACUGAGAUGUCUUUAAUCAAGUGACAGCUCUGAUUUAUACAACAUUCAAUUUGUAAAGGCAUUUCGCUUGUUACACUUGAUGUAUACAUUUAAUUCAACUGAACAGGUUUAAUUCUAUCUUUUGUUAGUAGUAAAACUAGGAUCCUAGAACUGUAUUUUUAAAUAUAGAUAUUGCUAGUAUAUCUACCAUAGCUAUUACUCAGAAAUCUAUAACUGAAUAUACAGUAUAUUUAUAAGAUAUAUUUAAAUAUAUAUACACAUAUAUACACACAUACAUGCAUAUAUUGUCAGAUUGUAUUUGUUCCAGAAGUAGGAUCUAUACAUGCUAUAUAUUGCAAACGUUGUGAAAUGUUAAUGAGAAAUUUCUGUUUCAAAAAAUAGGUAUAACCAGGUAUCUCAGUAUUCUUCUAUUUUUCAAAUAUAUUUUUGUUUACGUAUUGUUGUUUGAUUUAGUACAUCAGAUUGCUUAAUCACAUCUUAUUCUCAAAAUGGGAGGCAGGCCUCUCUAAACAGGCAUAACUGCAAGUGUAAUAUUAAUUUUCUCUGAACCUUUACAACUCAGUCCUGGUCCAUAUAUGCAGCAGAAUGGUAGGAAUGAGAAAACAGAGCCCUGAGUUGGUGGAAUGAAGCGGUGUGCUUCAGACUACAUCAGUUUUGUUUCUGUUUUUAAUGCACCCCUACAGCUCCCUUUAGAGAUAAUCAAUGAGCACAGAAACUUUUGGAAUUUUGGGUUGUUGCUGUUUUCAUUUUUUACGUAGGGGUGCAUUCAAACAUGAUAUCCCCUGUCUGCAGUUUGAAGAGUUGCAGCCCACUCUACCACCUUAGGAUUCUUCUAUCUCAUAUUGCCGAAUGUGUAGAUGAGGCCUAAGUCCAGUGACCUUCACUAUUUUUCAAGUGGGGGCUACUCUGGCAAAAAAAAAACCCUUCCAUGUGGGAGCCAUUUCCCACUCUGACUUCUGCCCAAUACUGUGCUUUUCUCAGUACUGGGAGGGCCCUUUAUGAGAGAUGGAGCGCUCUCUUAAGAACUCUGGGAGGAAAGCACUGGAAUGGGCUACACUUCCCAGCACUCCUCGCACACCUCCCAAGAUGGUGUAGGGGCUCGAGGGGGCUGUUUCCCUCAAAGAAGCCCCCAGGCACUAGGCAAAGUGUAACUCUGCCCAGUGAAAAUGGUUGCCUCCACAUAGGGCCAGGGGGACUGUGCAUAGUAUUAUGCUUUGGCCAAAGUUUCGUAUAGGCCCAAUAAACAAUUAGUCAGGGAGCUGCACUAGGUUGAUGGGGACCACCACUGGCACGCAGCCUUACAGUGAAGAAUACUGCCUUAGUCUCUACUCAUGGGCAGUUAGGAACGUCUAUUACGUUCUUCCACCUGGUACAACGUCAUCAUGUCCUGUUCUGGGACCCCUGACUAAUGAUAACUGCCCUAACUCUCAUGCAGGGAUCUUUUCUAGUUUUGAUAUUCUUUAACUGGAAAUACCAGGGCUUCAACAUGGGGCAUUAUAUAUGCAAAGCAAGUACUCUACCACUAGUUUCAUAUAUCCUAACAAGCCUUUGGGACCCAAAAAUAUAAAAAGAUGUGCCAGCACCUGCUGCUAAUAGGAGAAUUUAAAUAAUUAUUAGAAUGUGUGCACCUCCAUCUAAAUCAGUUUAACAGAACCAUUUAUAACUUCAAAAUAAUAAAAACCAAAUUAAAAAUAUUCCAAUUCAAAUUUAUAUGCCCACAGUCUCUAAACUAUUAAAUUCAUAUUUCUAUCUCACCCGUCCUCCAAGGAGCUUAGACCAGCAUACAAGUUUCUCCCCAUUAUGUCCUCACAACAACCGUGUGUGAAGUAGGUUAGACUGAGAGAUAGUAAGUAGCCCAAAGGCCACCAAGCAGGUUUCAUGACUAAGAGGGAAUUAAAUAUUAAUAGUCAUGUUGAAAGACUGGCAAAAAUGUAAAAAUUCUUAGAGAUGAUUUCUAAACACUGAUCCUAGGAUCUUGGCUUUAAAUAUAUGCUUAAAGAAGAAACAGCAUGGUAAUCUGCCAGAGUUCUGUCAGGCUCCAAUGAGCAUGUACUCUGCACAGUACAUAUGCAGAGUAUAUAUUCCCCUUUCUCAUAUGAAGCCAGACAGUGUUUUGUACACACAUUUUUGUAAAUAAUCUGUGAGAAGUAUUUUCAAAGCCAAAUUAAAGUUACAUUAAUUUCCCUUCAGUUCAUGAUAUUUAGGCUUUAUGCAUUUAAAAUGAUAUUUAGGCUUUAUGGGUAUCCAAGAGAGAAAACAUAACUGUGUAGAAUUGUAUUUUAGUAUUGUUUCAGUAAUAUCUGGAGCCAGGACAAUGGAACUAUAUCUCUGUGUUACACAACCUUAAAUGUGGAAUUUCAUAUUUUGGUCUUAGAUUUUAGUUUUAUGUACUUAGCAACUGUAAUGUAUCUUAUGAAAUAUUUAACUUUUAAAUGAUAUUGUUUAAGGAUUUAUGUAAUUAUUGAGUGUAUACAAGCUAUGGUCACUUUCCACACGGACUGUAUUAUGUUAUAACAAUAACAACUUCAGUUAUAGUAACUGCCCUGUAAAAAGUUCUUAUAUACUAAACAUAAACUGCAAUGUCAAACUCCAUCCAAAAGUAAAUUUUGAUAAGAUGGUAAUGCCUAAAGUAGAUUGCAUACAUAAAAUGUCACUCAUGUUUAAGCAGUGAGUAUCAACAUUAUUGGUAUCUUAUAAUUUAAUAAAUUACACAACAUA